AGAAAAAGAAAGUGAGUGGAUAAGAGGGAAUUUGGGAAAAGAACUAAAAAAACACGUAGUGCUCUGCUCUUAACAGAAAGAAAUUGUCUCGUAUACCGGCAUACUAUAUCGAUACCAGGAGCCCGCCCCUACCCUACAGAAAAGAGCAUUGUAUUUCAAUGGUUUGAGGCUCGGCUGUUUCACAGCUCGAACCUUCGAGUUCGAAAUUCAUCCGUCCGUUACAGGUCUACAUCGACUUUCGCCUCAGCCUGCUGCCGCCUGGGAGUCGAUCUGUCGAGAGCUCCACUCCACCGUCUAGUGCCGCGGCGUCGCCUGCGCGGCCGCCGCUGCUCGCUGCUAUCAGUCAUUUGUCCUCGCACCUCACAUCACUCCUCUCCAUCAGCCCGUCAUUCACUCACUCCUCCUCCGGUUUCAGGUUAUGGCACAAUUGGAUGGUGUGGAUUUAGAUAUGGAGCAGUCGUCAACUAACAUUUCUGUCAGGAAGCCUCGGAUACUGCUUGCUGCAAGCGGAAGUGUUGCCGCUAUUAAAUUUUCGAAUCUAUGCCGUUGCUUUUCUGAAUGGGCAGAAGUAAAAGCUGUUGCUACGCAGUCGUCUCUACACUUCAUAGACAAACCUUCACUUCCGAAGGAUGUUGUUCUAUACACAGAUGAUGAUGAAUGGUCCGAAUGGAAGAUGAUUGGUGAUAGCGUGUUACACAUUGAGCUCCGCCGUUGGGCUGAUAUUAUGGUUAUUGCUCCUUUGUCAGCAAACACGCUUGCCAAGAUUGCUGGGGGAUUGUGUGAUAAUCUGUUGACAUGCAUCGUGCGGGCAUGGGACUAUAGUAAACCACUUUUUGUUGCUCCUGCCAUGAACACAUUCAUGUGGACUAAUCCAUUCACUGAGAGACAUCUCAUGGUGAUGGAUGAGUUCGGAAUUUCUCUUAUACCACCAGUAUCAAAGAGACUCGCUUGUGGAGAAUAUGGAAAUGGAGCCAUGGCUGAGCCUUCUCUAAUCUUCUCCACUUGAGAUGGUGACAGCAGCUCGGCGACAGCGGCAGCGGUGGAUGGCGGCUCCGGCGCAAGAAAAUUAGGGGUGGACUCGGGUCCGGGCUGGGUCCGGGUCGGGCCUAGGCCCGGGCGGGCCGGCGGUUCAAGAAUGGUGGACCCGGGACCGGCCCGAGUAGCCACUGGGUCUGGUCCGGGUCCGGGCCGGGCCUCCGGUUUGGAUUUUUUUUUUUUGCUUUCCUAACACCCACCCCCCUCACCCCCACCCUCCCAAACCCCCCCAAACCCAUCCUACCCAUCAAGCCCAACCUGGGUGGAACCCCAAAAAUGAAAAAAAAUAUAAAAAAUUCAAUUUGGCCCGGGCCCGGGCCCAACCCGGCCGGGCCGGUUCACCAAAUUUGAGACCCGAGCCCGGACCCGCCCUACCCCCCGGGCCUAGGCCCGACCCGGACCCGGACCCGAGAACCGGGCCGGUCCCGGUCCCGCACAGUAGCGGGCCGGGCCGGUCCCGCACAGUAGCGGGCCGGGUGGCCCGACCCGAGUCCAACAAUACUUAAAUUAAAGAGGUGAAGAGUGUUUUAUUCCCCAUCGUCUUAAUAAAUAAUUUUAAUUCUUGUAUUCGUUGUCUUGCUUGGAGGUGAUUCCUCUCCGAAAUUUAGAUUGGUUAUACUUUUGUUUGGUCUCCUCGCAUGUUUAGGGAAUGCAAAAGGAGAGAAUUGCAUGCAAAGGAGGGAAAUAAACAGGCAUCGAGUUUGCAAAAAUGAAACAUGUGCUCUCUUAAAGUGCAAUAUUGUAUCAUUUGUAUGGUUAAACAUCUUCAUGUUAAAGUUAAUCAUCUAAAAUUUUAAGUACUGAUUAUUAUUAUUAUUAUCGUCGCCGUCACCGUCA